AUGCACUCUGGAGACGAGCCUUCCCCACAGACCCCGGCUACAACCCCUCUUCAACCGGGCGUGGCUCAUGUCGGCAUACGCUUACCACCGUUUUGGUCUCGCAGCCCGUUCAUCUGGUUCCAGCAAGUCGAGGCACAAUUUCUCCUUGCUGGUACAACAUCCCAGAUAACCAGGUACCGUCAUCUCCUCGCCUCCCUUCCCCCCGAGAUCGCCAUGGAUGUCGCCGACAUCAUUGCCAACCCUCCGGCGCAGAAUCCCUACGACCAUCUGAAGAGCUCAAUCCUCCAGCGCACCACCAUUUCUGAGCGAACGCGCCUCCAACAGCUUUUGCACUCCGAAGAACUGGGGGACCGAAGACCCUCCCAGCUACUCCGCGCCAUGCAAGUCCUAUUGGCCGACAGAGCUGCUUCUCUUGACGAGGAUCUGCUUCGCGAACUGUUUCUGUCGAGGCUCCCAUCCUCAGUGCAAAUGGUCCUCGCUACGGCCACUGCCUUACCUCUGGCCCAGCUCGCACAACUGGCUGACAAGGUGACGGAAGUAGCAAGCCCGAGCACUCCCAUUGCAGCCGUUUCCGAGUCCUGUCGCUUUCCCAACCCCCGCUGCCAGCCACCGGUUUCAGCGGCCCCGUCUACAUUCGCCGAGGAGCUUUCGUCUAUGCGCGCGGACAUUAACCGCCUCUCCGACACAGUCGCCGCACUCCAGUUCCGUGACAACCGCAGCCGCUCCCCAAGUCGUUCUGGCAGAUUCCGAAGAUUCCGCCGUUCCCCACGGCGUUACUCCCACCGCAGCGUUUCUCCAGCUGAUAACCAGAACCCGCCACCCUGCUGGUACCACGAACGCUUCGGUCAGGCCGCCAUGCGAUGCACGCCUCCAUGUGGUUGGUCGGGAAACGCCCCCGGGAACCGAUGA